AGCUCAGUUCCUAAUAUAUGCAAUCAAAUUCGUGCCAUUCAAAUGUCACCUGCAAAAAGUGGGUUCGCCCUCGUCACUCCGGCUUCGAAAGGACUAGGAUUCGCCUUUGCGCGACAGCUGCUGUCCAACACGGACCUCCCCGUUAUUGCGACUGCGCGGAGAGACACCGGACAACUCCGUAAAAUCUUACUGGAGCAAGUCAAUGAUGAGACUGGAAAGGCGGAAGAGAGGCUAAGAGUCUUUGAAGUUGACGUGACUGAUGAGGCAACCAUACACGCCAUGGCUGCACAGAUACGAGAAGAAUUUCCACAGACUCCCCUGCGUAUUGCAAUCACCGUACCUGGCGUUCUGCAUGUGGAGAAGUCGCCGACGCAGAUUGAUGCUGCCAAUGCUCUGCACAGCUUCCAAGUCAAUGCUCUUGGUCCUAUGCUUCUGAUGAAGCACUUGGCACCCUUCUUGCCAACGAAGUCGUCUGCAACCUUUGCGGACGAAUCUUUGUUGGCACAUGUACAGCGGCCGUGGAAACUUCCAUCGCAUGCGAUCUACGCGAUGAUGGCCGCACGAGUUGGGUCCAUAUCGGAUAAUGCAACAGGGGGCUGGUAUUCAUACCGUGCUAGCAAAGCCUCCGUCUUUCAGCUGACCAAGACUUUCGAUCUGUAUUUGCGGUCACAGAGCAGAGAUCGAGCUUUUGCGGUGGCGUUGCAUCCCGGGACAGUCCAGACUGAUUUCACGAAAGAUUACUGGGACGGCAGGCAUAUGUUGCAGCCAGAAGAAUCUGCGGUGAAGCUAUUACAGCAUCUAUGUGGUAUGCAGACCGGUGACUCCGAUGGGCGGGGCCGCUGUUGGGAUUGGAAGGGAGAGGAGGUUUUGCCUUGA